CAUCAUCAUGUCAAUGUCGGUGUUCUUCCCGUCUCUUCCAACCGUCCUUACAAGACUUCGUCUCCCUCAGAAACCUCAUCUCCUUCAUCCAUUCAAGAACCGCCUCUACCUCACUCUCCCAGGGGCUGCAGCAGACAAUGGGCCAGGAAUGGUGAGCUCCGCCACUCUAGAGGAGAAAGCAGAGAAGAAGGAAGGAGCUUCUCCUGUUGAUUCUAAGGAGAAGCUGCAGAAGGAGGAGGAAGAUUCUCUGGUUUCGAACGGCGCAGCGGCGAACUUCAAAGAUCCUAAAUGGGUUGGAGGGACUUGGGAUUUACAGCAGUUUUCGAAAGACGGGAAGACGAAUUGGGAUGCGGUCAUCGACGCAGAGGUUAGGAGGAGGAAAUGGCUAGAAGAUAAUCCUGAAGCAUCGAGUAAUGACAAGCCUGUAGUCUUCGACACUUCCAUUAUUCCCUGGUGGGCAUGGGUCAAGAGGUUCCACCUCCCCGAAGCAGAGCGACUGAAUGGCCGUGCUGCAAUGAUUGGGUUUUUCAUGGCAUAUCUGGUGGACAGCUUGACAGGUGUUGGUUUGGUUGAUCAAAUGGGGAAUUUCUUCUGCAAAACUCUCCUGUUUGUGGCUGUAGUUGGUGUGCUUGUGAUCCGAAAGAACGAAGAUAUAGAGAAUUUGAAGAAGCUCUUGGAGGAGACAACUUUUUACGACAAGCAGUGGCAAGCAACAUGGCAGGACGAAAACCGUAGCAGUUCAAAAAAAGACUAGAGGCGCAUGUGUAUCCCAUGAUUCAAUCAUUGUUUUCACCAGUGGCUCUUUUCUUUCGGUGUGUUUUCUUGCUGUAAUUUACCAUAACUUUUAUAUAGAACAAAAUUGUGGUUUGGUUCAGAGGCUUCACCAUUUACUUUUCCAUCCAUAUGUGAAGAAUUAUGAAUGAGUUUGCACAAAGCUGA